AUGCCGUUGGCAUCACGUCUGGGAAUGGGCCGCCGGUCGAGAUCCUCUCCGACGUUCUCAAAACCUACAGAAGCCCCUGGCCUCACGAACUCAACCGCUCCGAACACCCCCGAUAACGCCGCGAUAUCUUCUCCAGAGUCCACUGGUUUGGCGACGUCUCCCGCCCCUCGGGCGACCUCCCCCGCCGCAUCCACCAAGUCUUCAACGCGCCCGAGAUUUCUUUCGCGCCUCAGUUCCCCCUUCUCACUCCCUUUGCGCAAUCGAAAUCGCAAUGUCGCCGACUUUCACAUUCGUGCUGAAGAGCCUCACCGUCGAUAUAGCGCUGGCGACAAUGUGCGUGGUGCUGUCGUCAUCGUUAUCGUAAAGCCAGUUCGAAUUACUCAUCUAACCGUAUCACUGCAUGGAUAUGUUCGUGUGCUUAAGGAUCCAACUUCAGUCGCCAAGGCCCAAGGAAAUAUUGUACUACCGCAAAAUGGCGACUCAGCACGUCCAAGAUAUCACGGCAAUGGACUGGCUAGUCUUUUUCAGGAUGAGCAGGUGCUGAGUGGUGAGGGAAGGUUGGAGCCAGGCAGAUAUGAAUUCGGAUUUGACCUCAUGUUUCCUGGCAAGGGGCUGCCAAGCAGUAUUGACUUUGAGCGAGGGACAGUUUCAUACAUGGUUACAGCGACGCUUACUCGACCAACCUCGAUUGCACCGACGUCAUCUUGCGAGAGGAAAGUGAUGUUAGUAGAAAACGUGGAUGUUGGCCUACUACAGACCCCUCGACCUCGCACUAUCUUUCUCGAACCUAUAUCAAAACGAAACCGGAGGAGAAAAUCCAUGGUACUUGACAAAUCGGCUACUUCACCAUCCGAGGUCAGUGAAGUCAAUACAGAGCAAGACCCGAUAGAGACGCCAACAGAAGAUCUUCGAGAACACAAUGCGGAUCCUAGGAGCCCAAUUCAGAGUGACAUGCGAAGCGAAGUCAGUGGGGAAAGUGGUGUCAGCAACAGUACGAGCUUCAGUAGACCGGAGGCUGCCCUGUCCCAAGUAGGGACACUCACAUCGGCAAAGCAACAGGCGGUUGAUAAAAAGACGAUCACGGCGACGAUAGAGCUGCUCAAAGGUGGCUGCUUGCCAGGCGAUGCUAUCUCCGUGAGGGUCACGGUUCAGCAUACUAAGCGGGUGAAGAGCUUGACAGGUGUAAUUGUUACACUACUCAGACAGGGCAAGAUCGACAGCAACCCACCAAAUGCUCUCUUUGACGGGUCUGCGGGCCGCGACGAUGCGGCGCGUGUUGAUAAGGAGGAGGUGUUUCCGCGAUCACGGACUGGACUGGGAGGUCUAUCGCUGACCUCAUCGGGAUCCACGAGCAUAUUCCGCAAAGAUCUCGAUCAGAACAUUGCACCGCUGAUUAUCGACCCUAGCACCAUGCAAACCUCGGUUACAGUUACUGUUAAGCUGCCAGAUGACUCCUUUCCGACAAUUAAGGGUGUCCCUGGAGAGAUGAUCAGCUUCAAGUACUUGGUCGAGGUGGUUGUUGACCUUGGUGGAAGACUAUCAAAUCAAAUGCAAACCGGCCCGUCGAGAUUUGGACCUUAUGGCCAUGGAACCACAGACAAUCACACGUACGGUCCGAGAAGAGGUGCUAAUAUUGCAGACACUUCCCAAAUGCGUCAUGAAAAAGGGGUCAUUGCGGUCUCGAUGGAGACUGUUGUGGGCACGAUUGACUCGUCUCGUGGCAGGAAAAAGUCCAGAGUCUCACCAAGGUCACGGAGUGUACAGAUUUUUGAGAGCGAUGAGGAGGACACGAUAGGCCGGGAACCAAACUAUGCCGACGACGCACCGCGCUCUCCCGGUGGUUAUUUCCCGACGCACGCCAACGGGAGUCGACUUCAGCCUAUUCCCUCUCACCCACCACAGCCAUAUUCACAAGUAGCUCCCUUGCAACCGCCAUCACAUUCGCCACCGGAAUUCUCUGGGCCAUGCAGUAACGGCUUUGGCCAUGCCGGAGCUGCUCCUUCGUAUAUUCCUCCUCCCGAGAUACCUAACCAAGGCAGUCUUUCGGAAAAGGAGAGAGUUCGGCAGGCCGAAACACGAUUGUUACCUAGCCAGCCUCCUGAAGCGGGGCCAUCAAUGAGCCAGGAUGAUGAAGACAUUUACGAUGCUGAGGACACCCCUCGAGUCCCUGACCUCAGUAGCAGCUUUGUUCCAAGCGCGCCCAGUGCUCCUGAAGCAGGUCCCUCUGCGCCUACAGAAGAUGAUAUUGAGUUGGCAACGGCGCCACCGCCUGGAGACGUGGAAGACAAACAGGAACUUGAACGUCGGCGUCUUUUGAACGAAGCCAGUGCUCCACCGGAUGUUCCUGAGGAUAUGCAGCGAAGAAGAAACGACGGGCCAUCGAGGGAGGUUGAAGUUAAUGCGGAAGUCACUGCACCAAGCGCUCCUAUGGUGGACGAUUACGACGAGUACCCAGGAUACGGGUCCAGUGCAGGACCGUCUAGUAGUUCAAGACGUGUGGAUGCUGAACAGCUGCCGGCAUACCAAAGAUGA